UCCGUCUCUACCACUGAAGAAGAGGGCUUUGUUGGAGGAGGUUUCAGUCGCGGCUUACAACUUUUAGCUCAUGUUAGUUUGAUUUUUCUCCCAUCCACACUGCAGAAUUAAACAGUAAAGUUAGGUUAGUUCGUUUAAGAGCAAUUUACCGGCAGUAUAUUUUACUAAGCGUAGCAUCACCGCGUUAUAUUAUCGUUUGUUCGGCUCACGGGGUCCCGUUUAGCCUACUUGCUAACUUCCUUAGCUAACUGUUAUUGUUAGCUAGCUUUGUGCUAACAUGUCUGGAAUCGUUAGAGGACCUGCAGGGAGCAACGACUGUCGGAUAUACGUUGGGAAUCUCCCCCCCGACAUACGGUCAAAGGACGUCGAAGACCUGUUUUACAAAUAUGGAGCCAUCCGUGAUAUCGAUCUGAAAAACCGGAGAGGAGGACCGCCUUUUGCCUUCGUGCAGUUUGAGGACGCGAGGGAUUCUGAGGAUGCUGUGUACGGACGUGAUGGAUAUGACUACGAUGGCUACCGCCUGCGUGUUGAGUUUCCUAGAAGUGGACGGGGAGGGGGAGGAGGAGGUGGAGGUGGUGGCGGCCGCGGUGGUGGUGAUGGUGGACCGAUGGGAGGGCAGAGGGGUAGGCAUGGUCCCCCCUCCCGUCGCUCAGAGUACAGGGUUCUUGUGUCAGGUCUUCCUACCAGUGGAAGCUGGCAGGACCUGAAGGAUCACAUGCGGGAGGCAGGUGAUGUAUGUUAUGCUGAUGUGUACCGUGAUGGCACCGGGGUAGUGGAGUUUGUACGCAAAGAAGACAUGAGCUACGCUGUCCGUCAUUUGGAUAACACCAAGUUUCGUUCUCAUGAGGGAGAAACGGCCUACAUCCGUGUGAAGGUGGACGGUCCUCGCAGCCCCAGCUAUGGUCGUUCUCGCUCCCGUAGUCGCAGCCGUAGCCGUAGUCGCAGCCGAAGCAAGAGCGGGUCUCGUCGCAGCAGAGGAUCUCCUCGUUACUCCCCUCGCCACUCCCCUCGCCGCUCCCGCUCCCGCACCUAGAUCCACCCUGACUGAAGCAAUGGUGUGCCCCAGUGGAAAUCUUCACAUCACACAACAAAUCCUGUAUACUCCCCACGGAUCAUCUCAUACACUGUCUUCUCGUGUGUUCCCUAUCCCCCCCACUUUUUGUUGCAGUUUUCUUUUUUUGGUUUUAAUUUUUGUACACGGCCCUGUUUCACUCUGUCGUUCUUUGUCCCCCUUUUCAUCAUCUUUCUGCUAACAAUCUCUCACCCGUUUCUGUGAUAUUUCUUCUACUUGUCCUCUUACACUUUGUUGUGUUUCCCUUGGAAAUAUUUUUACUUCUUUUAAGCAUAUACUACUGUCCUUUGACCCUAUUGUGUGUCUCUCUGUAGAGUUCAGAGGAACAGGAUAGGAUGGGAACAGAGGAAACAGUUCAUUUUAGGAUUAACAGGAGGAGGAGUCAAAUAUGGCACCAAUGGUAUGAUGGCUGUGCCUUGUCAACUGUGAAAUCUGCAUUAUAAGGCUGUUCAGUUUUUUUUUUUACACACACUUGACAAUAGUGCCGUUGAAUGUUUUCAGUUGUAACACGUUCUGUAUACCACUUUGUAUUUGGAGACCCAAAGCUUCUGUUUUUUUUUUUUUUUGCUUUUGCUCGCCCCAUAGCCUCCAAAGUAAAUAUUAGUGUGUUUGGGGACUGAUAAUAGAGGGGUGUUCCCUCUUUUUCUCAAAGUAAAUUCCCUGGUAGAUGCAUUUAUUGACAUUUUGUCUUGGCAUUUUCUGAAGGUGUGAUUCUAACUUACCUCCUUCUCUUUGGUUCUGCUGGUAUUCUGAAGGUUUGGACUGGGCUCAUUGCCCCCCCAUUCCGGAGCCGGAUCAGGAUUCAGGAUCAGAUCAGGAUUAGGAUUAGGCUUCAGGAUGGAUACAAGGAUCAGGAGCAUGGGAGCAUUUUACCGGGAGAGGAUCCUGACCCCCGGCCCUGUCCACAUAACCCCAUCAAACUGGAAAUAGAAAAAAAUUCAAACCAAAUUGGCUUUCAAAUAAAACUAAUAUUUUUUUUUCCAUUUUGUCUGGGACCUCAGAGACACAAUUACUGGCGCCACUGUGACGAAUGAUUUAUUUUUCAGAUUUUUGUUUUUCAAAAUUAUAAAAAAAAGAAGAGCAGAGCACAGCUCAAAACCAGGAGGAGGGCUGGGAGGUGCAGGAUGGAACCGCACGCUUAAGGAGAGUGGUAAAUAGUGGGUCGACCAUUAACAGCGGAGGAGGGAGGGAAGAGGGAGGACUGGGACGCGACAAGGGAAUGUGACCUUAAUGUGGUUUGUAUCUUUUUCUUAGGUCAGUGUUUUGCUGCAGAUGAUUAAUUCUGAAUUUCUGAAGUAUAAAUCUCCAGUAUCCUAAAGCUUUAUUCUCUUUUAAUAAAACUUUCAAUAACA